AUGAUUUUCCAAAAGGAGGAUAUGUUAAUCGAACGUGUGACAUUUCAGCAUGCUGAGUUAUUGAAUACCACAGCACAAGAAACUGGAUCCCAAUCGAUAAUGAUACAGAAAAAAUUACCAAGACCAUACGCAGGCGGAAUCCUAAUACUUAAUACCAAGAUGAUGGUGAUUCAGACGAUGAUUUCCGAGCCAGAACUCAGGUUAGAACGCCUUAACAAGUGCCCUUCAUCUUUUGAAGAUGAAUUGGAUUCAACCAAGACCAAAAUGGAUUCUAUGUUUAACAUAUCAUUUGAUGAAUACAUUACUGUACCAUUUGGUAACAAUUCCGAGAUUCCACCACCUGGUAAUAAUCCCAUAAUGCUACCACCACCUAAGCAGGGUAUUCUUAAAUGUCCACUUGAUAUUUAUAAAAUGAACUUGGAUUGGGCACCAUGGAAGAUAGAUUCUUGA